AUGGUACAGAGGCGGCAAAUCAGGACAAUGCCGCUCGACAGCGCAGGCCUUUGCACCACCUCCUACGAUGUUCUUGAGCUCUCAGAGUUUGUUUUGCCUGGAUGGUCUGUUGUAAAUUCUACACGGCUGUGGUUCCGGGACGGCUCUUACAUGUUCGUAUACCUGUGGGAGCGGGGCGACAGGUCGCCUCGAAUUGAGACGCAAAUUUUGGCGGUCCCUGACUUGCUUGGUACAGGUAGCAACGUUGGACAAGGCCUGUAUGCUUCCACACGUGACCCACCUGAUGUGGAGGACUUCUGCCAAUUUGUGCAGCACACAGGUUUAUGUGCAGUAAACACGUGGAGCGCCGCCAGGCAAGCCUACACAUUUCAGAUUCCUGGUACGGUGCCCAAGCGCAGCCACAUUGAUUUCAUCCUCGCAUCUCCUGCGACCGCAGACUCCAUCGCAAGGCAAGCCAAGCCACAGCGUGAUAUCUGCUUCUCCCCCUGGCGUGGAGGUGGCAAGCACUUUGCAGUGGUCUGCACUCGCGUAGGCUGUUUGUUUGAGGUGUUAAAAGCAGCGGGCAUGCAGAUAAACGAUGAGAAGUCUCGGAUCUUGCUGCGCGCAUCGGGCAACACCUUGACAAAAUGGAUCCGUAAACGAUCCUAUGUUAAAGACGGCAUCAAGUACGUGCAACUUGGCACUCCUUUUGCGCCGGUCAACAUCCAGCUAAUCAAACAACUUGAUUACCUAGGCAUCACGUUGUCCUUUGCGCAGUUUGAGUGUCAGACCGCCAAAGCCCGCAUCAAGCAGGUCUUUGACACCAUGCAUGGCAUGCGCACGCAUUGCGUCCAGAGCCAUGGAAUCAGCUUAGCCACAGAAGGCUUGCAGACAGGGCCGAUGGCGGAACCGUCCAAGGAAGUGACGGAGUUCUUCGGCCACCACCUGCCUUCUUUGGCAGCCCAGCACAGGGCGACGGGCUCCGACGAUCGCCAGCCCAAGUGGCCACGUCCAUCCAACAAGGGCAAAGGCCCGGAUCAGAGCAGGACGAAGCGGGAGAGGGAUUGGUGGGUGGAGUCGCGGGAUUGGAAGGAGCCGCUGACUCAGCAGAUCGACGGCAACACCGUCCGCAAUGUGCUGGCGAUAGUCACCAAACUCUCCUUGCGGCAGGAGGACGACAUCGCGGCGAUGAGGGCGGACUCGUCUUUCCUCAUGUACAUGACCACCACAGGGACAUCCUCCAUGGCGACGACUCUCUUUGCAAUCAGUCAGGAAUGGAAGGAGCUCAAAGCACAGACCCCUCCGAAGGUUACCCUGUCCUUGAGGGUGACUCUUCUCGUGGCGUUGCUGAAGGAGUUCCAAGCGCGACUUGCACAGGCGACCGAGGGCGAGACCAAGGAGAGGCUACAGGCGAAAGGCCACCUCACGAAGCAGGACCCGCCCUGCUGGACCUUCUCAAGGUGGGAUGCGGAGCAGCAGAAGUCCAUCAUCGACUCGGCCCAGAUCCCACUCGCACACUCCCUGGUCGUACAGAAUGUGGAAAGGCUUAUCGGGCUGGUGGAGCAGGACGCCCUGAUCCACAAGUUCCACGCCACGCGCCCGCUGGCCCAGCAGUAUCAAUCCGACAUCCUGACGUUCCUGUUGGCGGUUGGGAACCGCGGCGAGGCAGCGGAUCAACUCUACUCGACACUGCUGGGACUGUGCAACAACAAUUGCACGCAUCUGAUCGGCGUUCGUCUCUGCCGCGAACGGGUGAGGAGGCAGCCGCUGGCAAAGGUUCUGCAGGCGCAGGCCGAUGCCCUGCUCAAAGCCACGCAGCCCCAGUACCCGAGCGCGCCGGCAACGACGACGCAGAACGCAGAAGCCGACAUGGUCAGCACUACGGUCAGCCCGCCUGCGCUUUUGGCGCCCAUGUGGUCUUCUGCCGUGGAAUCCAGUGCUACGCGGCUGGGUUGCUGGGAAUCACGAUUGAACGAUGGACCGAGCAUCGAAGUGAGAGGCCGCAGCAAUUUUGAUACGCCGCUGCCGAUUGCUAUGCCAAAUGCCGAGCAUGCAUCACUUCAGCAACUUAUCAAUGCCUGGAACGAGCAGGAAACCACUUGUGCCUUGACGCAGCCGCCUGAGUUCCUUUUGCUGCAGCUGCUGAGAUACAAAUUUGAGGCAGGCCAGCCGGUGAAACAUCAAGCUUGCAUCUUGUUCAGUCAGACGGCAUCAUUUUGUCAGGCACAUCGUGUAGCCAGGGUGGUUGGCCACCAUUGUCAUAGGGCGAUGACGGAGGGCGAGCCGGAAGCUCAUUCUCAGCCUUUGGAUGAUGCUCUGGUAGCCUUGGCGGUUCAGUGCAAGGUCCCACCGGACUACCAUGGAAUUCUUGCAGGCUUUGAUGUGAACCUUUUCGGCUGCAUUGCUUCGGAAUCUUCGGCUUUGGAUGAGGCGCUGAAGGAUCUGCUGGAGGGGUCAGAGGAGCCUCCUUCUACGGCUCAGCGUCUUCUUCUGUUAUCCUCGUUGCGACUGCUUUAUGAGUCUUGCAGGCAGCAGGCUUCAUCGGCACGUCAGGGCAAGCGCCCUGAGGAACAGGUGAACUCAUCGGGGCUGUCGACCUCAAGCUGGUCUGAACAGUUUCCUCCGAAGCUUUCAGGCGAGCGUGUGAUGUCUCUUCAGAAACAGUUUCACGCCCGCUACCCGGGGGAGAUCUUAGAUCCCGACAAUUAUCCGUCGGCCAGGUUGCUAGCCUACGUGGCUAAGGUCGUUCAAAAAGGAGAGCUGCGGUGGAUCCCGUGGAAACUCAGGAUGAGCCAGGCCCAACAAGACUCAAUGGCUUUGCGGCGCCCAGCUAAGGUGCCUCGGUUAGAAGAGCUGAUAUACGACGACGUACCCCAGCGUGAGAUACCAGCUGGAGCAGUUGGCGCGAACUAUCUCUCGGGCAUCUUGGGCUUGGUUUCAGUGGCUGUAGCGAUGCUUCAGGGCGCGCACCUUGCUAGCCUUCGCAAGUUUGAGCGCAAGUUCAUCAAACUGGCGACGCAAAAAUGUGAGGCGGGCAUUCGCAAUCCGUUUGCUGAGGAAAUCAUGCAGGCAGAUCGUCAGCUAUGGUGCCAGAUGGCCGAUCUGGUAAACUUGCAUGGCUGGUCUUUGGAUGACGCAUUGACGGAAUACACAGAGAUUAGGGGCGACAUGUCUUCGUUGCUACAGGCUCGUGUGGCGGUCCCCAAAAAACUGGACAUCCCGCCAGGCUCUCGCCGGCUUCCUGGUGGCAAGGGCAAACAGAAGGGCGGGGGUAAGGGCCGUGGGGCGAAUGCCGGUCAGACGGCUCCGUCUGGGGCUAAGUGGAUUACGAAGUUCGAGGACAAGGGCAAGACUCGUUUUCUUUGUCGGGAUUACUCUUCGGCAAAGGGCUGCUCUUUCACGGAUUGCAAAUUCGAGCAUUUGACGGGCCGCUUGGAUGCAUCGGAGAUGCAGGCGGACACUUCUCAGCAGCCUCUGGAUUGGGAGACUUGCCUUUCAGUUUUGCAACAACACUGUCCAGGGCAGACUCAGUUGAUGAGGAACAAGGUUCUGGAUGGUGGCCGGGAGCACGCAAGCUACUUCAAUGCUGGGGUUCGCUCGGGCUCCCUAGGCGGACUUUGUCGCUUCACCAUGGAAAAUCCAAUGCUGGUGAAGUACAUCAAUCUUUUCUUGCAAUCAGUUUUUCCCACAGCUACGUGGUCUAGUUUCUGCAUAUCGCACAAUGAAUUCGCUCAUCUUCAUUCGGAUUUCAACGCCCCAGGGUCGCUGAAUCACUCGUGCAGCUUGGGGGCUUUUGACAAAGGGGGCUUGUGGAUUCAGAUGGAUUGUUCUGAGUACCCGGAUCUCCCGAGAUGUCCGCCAACCGAUGCGCAGGCGGAUCAAUCUUUGCGGGGUUGCAUUUUCAACACUCGCCGAUCGGGAUUUUCUUUCGACGGCUCUCUGCCUCACUGCUCAGAGCACUGGACAGGGGAUCGAUGGGUCCUGACAGCAUACACUUCAGCCCAAUUGCCAGGCGUUUCGCAGGACGACUUGCAGCAGCUGAGGGAGUUGCACUUUCCUUUGCCGCAUUUUGCGGAGCAGUUGGAGUCUGGCAACACAGCGGAGGCGGUGCUUCUUCCUUCACCCCCAUCAGUUCUUGAUCUCUCCAAGGUUCGGGGCAAUCUUUUCCUGGACUUGUUUGCGGGUCACGCUCGGCCGCUGUCUUCUGCAUUUUUGCAAGCUGGUGUAUCUGUUAUGUCGAUAGAUACGUUGUUGUCUGCAGAGCACGAUCUUCUGGAUGAUUCAAUUUAUGAGCCGCUUCUUCGGUUGUGUUACUCUGGAGCAGUCACUCUGGCGCAUGCUUCGCCACCGUGUAAGGAGUACUCACGGUGCAAAUUGAUUCAGCCUGGUCCCAAGCCGUUGCGAACUCCCGAAUACUUGUCAGGGGUCCCAGGUCUUUCGCCACCAGAACAGGAGAGAGUGGUGAACAGCCGGACCUUGAUGCAGCGUGCAUCCGAACUUCUUCAUGCUUCCUAUAAGGCUGGCGGCCACUUCAGCCUGGAAAAUCCUGCUAAUAGCAUGCUUUGGCUAGAAGAACCCGUCCGUCUACUUCUUCAGAAGGCAAGCGCUGAUGUUCUGGUAGUGGCGGCUUGCGCUUACGGUUGGGACAUUUCGAAACGCUGGGCUUUCGCUACUACAUUUCGAGACAUGCAGCAGCUGGCCAAGGAUUGUACUCACGCUGAGGGCACUCAUCGGCCGGUUGCAGGGGUUCGAGAUGAAUUUGGAGGUUUCGUCUCCCAACAGACUUCUGAAUUUCCCGCGAAGCUCGCGGAUGCCUAUGUCGCUGCAGCUUUUCCUCUGUUUGCUACGGCUGGGAACCCGGUGGACGUUCAGCUGUCUCAACUGUAUCAGCUUCUCCCAGCCAAGGGUCGCUUUGACAUGCCUGUUGCACAUCAAGAUGGCGCUGGCAUUUUUUCUGUCCCCGACUGGUCUUUUCCUCCGAGUGGGACAGUGGACAGACUGCAACAGGUUCGGCAUGCGCUCACUCAGAAGCUUUUCGAGAUGAAGGCCCCAAUUCGUCUGCGCGAGCACGUGCUCGCCAAAUCAGAGUCUCCGUUGUUUGCGGAAUCAGAGAUCGAAUGCUUUCGGGCAAUUUUUUCGGAUUUCUUGGAGGCCUCCACGGGCCGUCCGGUGGACUGGUCGAGUCAGCCUUUUCAACCUUACACUCUGAAAGCGUUGCAGCAGCUCUCUGAGGCCUUGGAGGAUCCAGAUGUUGUCGUGGCCAAAAUUGCAGCUUGGUUCGGACUGUCUUUGGAUAGGAUGGCAGUUGUCGUACAGGGCAGGCCGCCGGGGACGUCUUUUUCCAUUGAUCCUGCCCGUUGGAGCACUUUGGCUCCCUGCCUGUCGGAUGCUAUGAUCUUCAUCUCCACUCCUGCUGGCGCGGCCAUUCCUGUGGGUUCCAAGCUGUUGAGUGCGAGGCACGUGGAAUUGCACAAGAAAUCAGACUUGGCUAGGGUUCCACUCACAUCCAAACGUGUGUGGUUGCGGAUUGCGGAUCCUCAAUCUCGCUUUCGACGCUUAUCCCUGCUGAGCAAGCGUCUUUUGCAAUUCUGGUUCGAUUGGUGCGGCUCUUACAUGUUCCAUGAAUGCUUGAUGCUGCCUCAGCGGUCUUUGGAGGCAACAAUGGCGGCAGAUGCUUGCGCACAGGAUAUCGCUUCACUGUCGCUGAUUUCUUCGAUCUACGUCAUGAUGUUCGUCUUUUUCCUGCUGAAGCCAAGCUGCUGUGGAAGCUGCCGAGAUGAACUGCGCUCUGCGAGGGGCGUCGUCUGA